AUGUAGAAUGUAUGCGUUUUAGCUCACGUGAAGAGUCAUAUGACCAUGGUGACGUCACGAAUGUGUAAACAUUUAGCAGAAUAAAUGGGAGACGAAAUCGAUCAAAAAUCAUGAUAAUUUAAAUAAGUUAUUGGCUUAAACUUCUGUGGUUGGAAGAAAUGGCCGGGAAGUCCAAACUUUUGAAGGUGGUUUUGCUGGGAGACGGAGGCGUUGGAAAGAGUUCCCUGAUGAACCGCUUCGUCAGCAACAAGUUUGACUCCCAGUCCUUUCAUACGAUAGGGGUGGAGUUCCUAAAUAAAGACGUCGUUGUAGACAAUGAUUCAUACACAAUGCAGAUAUGGGACACGGCUGGCCAGGAGCGGUUCAAGUCCCUGCGUACCCCAUUCUACCGUGGCGCAGACUGUUGCUUGCUUACCUUCGCUGUCGAUGACAUGCAGAGUUUCAAAAACCUGUCCAUGUGGAAGAAGGAAUUUUUGUAUUAUGCAGACAUUCAGGAUGGAAACGCAUUCCCAUUUGUUAUCUUAGGUAAUAAAGUUGACGUGGAAAAUCGAGUUGUAAACGAGGAAAUGGUGCGGGACUGGUGUGGCCAGAAUGGUCGCUGUCCCUACUUUGAGACCAGUGCAAAAGACUCCACCAAUGUGGAUACUGCAUUUAAAGCAGCAAUUGAGAGACUGCAAGAGCUAGAGGAUCAGAUAGAGGAGAAGACACAACAUGGUCACACAGUGGAUCUUAAACGGAAAACAAAGCAAUCAGGAGGCUGCUGCAAUUAGUCUGCCUGUUCAUCAGCUUUUGAUUAAAAAUUAUAUGCUUUGGGGAAAAGGGGCUUAAUGCAUGUGCACAGGCUAAUUAGUUACAAUAUUUUCUCCUUUUUUAGAUUUUUUAUCGUUUAAAGCAAAAAUCCAGCCUAAGCGAAAAAUCUUGUUCCUGAUUAGCCUUUCCAGAUUGAACAGGCUAAUCUGGAAUAAUAUUUUUCUAAUAUGCAUUAAGCCCAGUUUUCCUAGAACAACGCACAAAACAUCCCUGUGUUUUCUGUCCUAAGUGAAACUUAUAGUCACAUGUUAUUUGAAAUAGCAUAUUUAUUAUAUCAUGCUGACAAGUUCCUUUGAUUUGUUUGAAUAUUUCUUACCUUCGGCUUGUUUAAAUGUCUAUCCUAAUCAUGUUUCUUUGUCAAAUGUGUGUGUAUGUGUAGCAAUAUGAACUUGUUGUUAAAUAUAUUAAAUUUAUUUUUAAAAAUCCAUACUUUUUUGCUUCACUUGAGAUAGAUUUGUAAUGAGGAGUAAUGUUACAAGUCUUUUGUCAUUAGAUGUGAGAUGCGCUGUGGGAAAACUGGGCUUAAUGCAUUUGAGUAAAGGGCACUUUUUUCUAAAUUGGAUUUCUGUUAAGAUGAGACAUCCUUUAAACGAAAAUUCAAUGAAAGCAAAAAGUGUUGUUCAAGGUUAGCCUGUGCAAACUGCACAGGCAAAUCUGUGACAAAUCUGUUCACACAUGUGUUAAGCCCUGUUUUUCCAAAGCUAGGCUUAUAUUUGCUUAUUUAUUACAAGGAAGAAUGCAAUAACCAUUAAAAGAUGUAACUAUGGAUUGUGGGGAUAAAUUAUUCAUUAACUGUGCAGAUGAGUUGAAGUUAUAUGAAAGACUGGGAUAUUUAUUUGAAUGAUAAAACAUGAUUUAUCAUGAUGAUGCAUAAUAUUUUUAGUGGAAAAUAGGUGCACUGGUUCUUACUUUUAGGAUAAGCAUGCUAACUAAGUGAAAAAUCUGUUAAAACAUAAGGACAAGGAACUGCAUUUAAAGAUGGAAAAUUCAUGUGAUGUUUUUAUAUAAUUUGCUAAAUUCAAGGAAUUUCCUAUUCAUAAAAACUAACACAUGUUAUAAAGGUUGGUUUUUUUUACUAUCAAAAGGUUUUUCUCAUUUUGUAUUAAAAUACAUUUGUUUUUUA